AUGGAGGCUGUGCCUGGUUUGUUUUGUUUAUUUUCUGUUCUUGUUUUUCGCUUUUCGUGUCUGUGUGCCUGUGCUUGUCCUCCUCUCCCUCCUCCCAUUUACCUUUGUCAAGGUGUUACCGUCCCAACCUCUCCUGCCCCCUCACUGACCCGUGCCACUGCUCACCAUGUAGCUGCCACACCGGGAGGCCCCCUUCCAUCAUCCCCGCGGGAUGUCGUGGCCUCUUUGGUGUCCACGCGAUUCAUCAAGCUGACAUGGCGUGUACCCGCGGAUGCUCAUGGAGAAAACCUUACUUACCAAGUCUAUUACAGCAAGGAGGGAAUGAACAGAGAGCGUGUGGAGAACACCAGCCGCCCAGGAGAGUUGCAGGUCACCAUUCAGAACCUACUGCCAGAAACAGUCUAUUACUUUCGUGUUGUGGCUCAAAACAACCAUGGAACUGGAGAAAGUUCUCCUCCUCUCAAGGUGGAGACACAACCUGAGGUUCAGGUUCCAGGUCCUGCACCAAAUCUAAGAGCCACAUCCUCCUCUCCAACUUCUGUCAGUGUCAGCUGGGAAACACCACUGUCAGGGAAUGGGGAAAUACAAAACUACAAACUCUAUUACAUGGAGAAAGGGGCAGGAAAUGAACAGGAUAUUGAUGUGGGGGGGCUUUCAUUCACUGUCACUGGACUGAAGAAAUACACGGAGUAUACAUUCCGAAUUGUGGCGAUUAAUAAACAUGGGCCCGGAGUGUCAACACAGGAUGUCAUUGUCAGGACUCUUUCCGAUGUACCCAGUGCUGCUCCUCAGAACAUGACCCUGGAAGUACGCAGCUCACAGAGCAUCUUGGUGCAGUGGCAACCCCCUCCUCUGGGUACUCAGAAUGGACAGAUUGUAGGUUAUAAGUUGCGUUAUCGCAAGACUGCAAGAAAAACUGAAACUAAUGAGAUCCUGGUAGACAACCAGCUCUCACAACUUAUUACUGGGCUAGAGAAAAACACAGAAUACAGCUUUCGGGUUGUGGCUAUGACUGUAAAUGGGAGCGGACCAGCCACUGACUGGGUUGCUACUGACACAUUUGAAAAUGAUCUUGAUGAGUCGCGUGUUCCUGAUAUGCCAAGCUCACUUCACGUGCGUCCUUUGGUGAACAGCAUUGUUGUUAGCUGGACACCCCCAGAAAAUCAGCAUCAAGUAGUUGUUCGUGGGUACGCUAUUGGCUAUGGACUUGGAAGUCCUCAUGCACAGACAGUUCGUGUUGACCACAAACAGCGUUACUACACCAUUGAAAAUUUGGAACCUAGUUCACACUAUGUCAUCUCUCUGAAGGCUUUUAACAAUAUGGGGGAAGGCAUUCCUUUAUAUGAAAGUGCUGUAACCCGACAACACACACAGACACUUCUGAAGUUGAUGUUUAUGUUGUUCAUGCCUCAUACACCCCAGUUCCAGAACCCAGCCCCAUGUUGCCCCCUGUGGGGGUCCAGGCGACCAUCUUGAGCAGUGACACAGUGCGGCUAACUUGGGCAGACAACUCUCUCCCUAAGAACCAGAAAAUCACACAGAUGCACGUUAUUACACUGCAAGAUGGAAGACCAAUAUUCCAGCUAACACAAAGUACAAGAUGGCAAACAGUACGACACUCAGCUACUUGGUCAGUGGUCUAAAACCAAACACCCUUUAUGAAUUCUCAGUGAUGGUUACUAAAGGUCGACGGUCAAGUACAUGGAGCAUGACUGCCCAUGGCACUACCUUUGAAUCAGUGCCCUCCUCACCUCCUAAAGAUGUGACUGUCGUGAGCAAAGAAGGCAAGCCACGCACUAUUAUUGUGAACUGGCAACCUCCAUCAGAAGCUAAUGGCAAAAUUACAGGCUAUAUUAUAUAUUACAGCACAGAUGUUCAUGCAGAGCUGCAUGAUUGGGUAAUAGAGCCAGUUGUUGGAAAUCGUCUGACCCACCAAAUUCAAGAGCUGACUCUAGACACUCCAUAUUACUUUAAGAUCCAAGCAAGAAAUUCUAAAGGAAUGGGUCCCAUGUCAGAAGCUGUGCUCUUCCGUACACCAAAAGAAUCAACACCGUACAUGCCUAAUAACCAAGCCUCAGGUGUAUCAGGAAAAGGCCGCACUUCAGAAAUAGGAACCACACCACUCGGAGGCAGUAAUAGUCCUCAUGGAAGCCCCACCUCUCUGGAUCAGAACAUGCUGUUAACCAUCAUUGUUUCUCUUGGAGUUAUAACUGUUCUAGUUGCUGUGGUCAUUGCUGCUAUCUGCUCCCGACGUUCCAGCUCCCACCAUAAAAAGAAAAGAGCUGCUUGCAAGUCCGUUAAUGGGUCCCAUAAAUACAAAGGCAACUCUAAGGAUGUAAAGCCUCCUGAUCUUUGGAUUCAUCAUGAAAGACUAGAGCUAAAGCCAGUGGACAAGUCUCCAGAAACAAACCCUAUGCUGACAGACACCAGUCUGCCCCGUUCCCCACAGGACCUGACGCCUGGGGAAAGCACUACAGAAGGCAGCAUUCACCAGCACAGUAAUUCAUACCGAGGUCUGGAAUCAGAGGAUUCUAUCUCCUCACUUGCAGGACGUCGGGGAAUGAGACCAAAAAUAAUGAUGCCUUUUGACUCUCAGCCUCCACAACCGGUUGUCAGUGCUCAUCCCAUCCAUUCCAUCGAUAACUGUAAUUUCCGCUCAGUGCCUGGGUUCAUGCUGCACGUGCUGGGUGGAACUUCUCAGGCUGCAGAAUCUGUCCGACAUACCCCCAGCUGUGACACAGUAGUAGCAGCAGCAGCAUCAUCCUCUUCUCAGACUGGGGGCGAGGAACCAGAUCCUCCAGGAGGCAGUUUUCUACCCGGCUCCUUGGAUGAAGAUUCAGGACCCAGCAUUCCUACAGCACAUAUCAGACCCACCCAUCCCCUGAAGAGCUUUGCAGUACCAGCUGUUCCUGCUCCAGCCCCUGGAGCAGCUUAUGAGCCACUGCCAAGCUCUCCCCUUUUGGCACAACAAGGUCCAUCAGCGCUCUCUGUGAAAACGGCUUCUCUAGGGACCCUGGGGAGAGUGCGUCCACCGCUUCCAGUAACUAUGCCCAGUGCCCCUGAACCACUAGAGACGAGCAGAAUGCUAGAUGGCUCAGAGAGUAGUUACGAACCAGAUGAACUGAGCAAGGAGAUGGCUCACCUUGAAGGCCUGAUGAAGGAUCUGAAUGCCAUAACCACAGCAUGA